UUUUUUGGGGAAAAGCCUCUAAAGUCAUUGUUAGAUCUAAAUUCGGAGAAUGCUAAACGUAAAUUGUACAAAAUUUGGAUACAUCUUCCAGCCAUAGAAUCCAUUUCGUUUCGCUGAAAAAUGUGCAGCCCGUCGUGUAAAUCAUGCAAAGCCCCUCCCCAAUGUACUCGAUGUCCGCCCAUGUGCUGUAGCCCCGGCAUAAGCUACUGUAUUUUCGACCUGGAGAGUGCUGUUUUCGAUACCCGCCACGUCUACCAGAAGGCUCUCAUUGAUCUGGCCACUAGCUACAAUAGGAUAAUACCGGAACUACUACUGAUACAAAUCGGACCCAUGGAGACGGCAGAGAUGGCGGAGCUAAUCUGCCGGAAGUUGAACAUGCCAGUCAGUUGGGAGACCUUCCGAUUCCAGCUAAAUGAACUCACCUCAGCGAUGAUCGCCAAUCCGCCGCUGAUGCCGGGAGUGGAGCGGCUGGUGCGCCACUUGUGCAAGUGCUGCAUGGGCCUGGCCCUGAUCACCUCCUGCUCGGAGAGCAUGUACUGCAGCAAGAUCAGGGACCGUGAGGAGUUCUUCGAGCACUUCUCCACGGUACUCUUUGGGGAUGAUGCUGAGGUGAGGGCUUCCAAGCCGCAGCCGGACGUGUAUCUGAUAGCCAUGUCUCGGCUGGGCGAGGCGGGGACGGACUGCACCCUGGUGUUCGAGGGCACCCCCCAGGGCGUCCAGGCGGCCACCGAUGCCCGCCUGCCGGUCGUCAUGCUGGCGGAGAGCACGCUGCCCUGCUGUUGGUCUGAGCUGGCGACGUUGCGCCUGGAGACCCUGGAAGAGUUCGAUCCGGAGGAGUUCAACAUGCCGCCGUACAGCUGCACGGAACCGCCGCCCAAGAAGGUGAAGCGCAAGAGCCGCCGCAGCUCCCAGACCUCCAGUCGUCGCAGUUCAGAGGCGAUGAGGGCGGCCGCCGAAGCCGCCGCCGCUGCAGCGGCCGAGGAGGGUGGGGAGGAGGAGCAGGAAGAAGCUGAAUAGUGAUUUUAUGGAAGAAAAAGUUGGUGGAUUUUACCAUGUUGGAUCUGGUAUGAAUUUGAAGUUCAUUUUGAGACUAGUGAUUUUAAAAGGACUAAUAAAUCUAUGUAUUAUAGUAA